AUGGAGGCAGCAGGGAGGGGCCAGCAGAGGGACCAAGCUGGGAAGAUGGGCUCUUCCAAGGAGCAGCCCACCUGGGGCCAGUCAUUGUACUUCAAGAAUAGUCUUAAGAAGAUUUUGUUCCAUCAGAUACCUGCCCUGGGGCCCUUCAGGAGAGAUCACUCACAAUUCACCAGGGUUGAGAAGACCAAUCAGCCCCACGCUACACAGGCCCCCAAGCUCAAGGCCGUGCUCACCCACAGCUCCUCGGGGGAAGGCUCAGGGCACUGCAGGCGGUGUUGCCCUUUCAGCGUGCGGUUUGCGGAUGAGACGCUACGGGACACAGCGCUCCGGGAUUUCUGCCAAGGGUUCCCACACGCUGUAUCUGCCCACCUUGGAACCCACAACCUCAGCCUGCUGACCCCGCACAUGGCCUCCAGGGUCUGGAGAAGGAUCCAGCAGUGCAACAGCCUCAUCUAUUUAUUAAGCACCGACUGUGGUCACAGGAAGUUGGAGGUGGAAGCUGCAAUUCUGCCCAACUUCUGGUUGUUCGAUGGGGCAGCCAAGGCCCUGAGGGCAGAUGACACAGCAGCUGAAAAGAGAAGCCAGAUCCGGCAGGGCAUCCUCGAGAACAGGACAGCCAGCGGGUCAGCAGCAUCGGAGCAGGUGUUCGGGAGGGUCGGGAGAUGGCUGGAGAGUUUGCCCAAAGCCCUGUAUCCCAGGGCCAAGGAGGACACCAUGGCCAACUCAUUCGGCUGGGACUUCCCUGGCCUGUCCACCCUGGAGCCGAAGGGCCACGUCUCUGAGGACACCUCUAUGAACAGCAGCCUGCCCUUCAUCCCCAGGCCCACCAUCCAGAGGCAGCGGAGCGGGGGCACCUCAAAACCUUUCUGGAGCCGGUUUGGCCCUGCCACACACCGGCGUUCCAACUGCUGGGCAAAGUUUGGCCCCCUCCCCUCUCUCCUAGAAGCAGCGCUUUGGCUCCAACCCCUCGCCAAGGCCGGGAUCGAGGUCUUUAUCGCCACCUCCCGGCCAGUGAAGAAACAGCCACGGAAUCCACACCCAGACGCAGUGCUGAAUAGCAAAGGCUGGGAUUUGGUACUUAUAUUUCCUGAAGAGCCUGCGGGUCCCGGAGAAGGCCUGAUUCUUUUCUGCACCUUCUCCUCGUGGCAUUGCACAACCCACCUCGCCCUCUCCGAGCCUCAAUUUCCCCGGCAGAGCCGCGGCGGACCCCAAACCGGCCACCGGCUGCAGCGUCGCGCCGCGCCCACGCGGGGGCAGUGUUGGCCUGGCUUUGGCGCCGCCCGGCGCGGCCGAAACUUCUCAGCCUCUUGCUAA